AUGUCGCGCGUGUCGCGUCUCCUGCCCGUGCUGGUGAUGCUGGGCUUUCUUCUUUCUGGCUACGCCUACCACGUGGAGCGUCGCUUUGCCAGGGCCAAGGAGUUGGGCGAAGCCUACCGUGCCUACUGCGACGUCGGCGCAUUCUCCUGCACGCGCGUCUUCUCCUCCGCGCAGGGCUCGCUGACGCAGUUCAUUGGGCUGCCGCCCGUGUCCAACGCGGCGCUGGGGAUGCUCUUCUACCUGCUGGAGCUCGCCGCCUGCCGCUCCCCGACGCUGAUUUUCGUCAUGAGCGCCGCAAGCUGCGUGGCCUCGCUGGGACUGUUUUUUCUCCUGACCGUCGUUCUGCGCGACCUAUGCCUUGUGUGCUGCUCCACCUACGUGGUAAACGGCCUCACCUGCCUCGCUGCCUGGCGGUGGCGUAGGCAGACGACGACGGCUGCCCCAGACGCAAAGCAGAGACGCAACGAAAAAGAAAAGAAAAGAAAAACAGUGAAGUGA